AUAGGCGAUAAGCACGAUAGGCACGCUAGAUAUUCUGAACAUAGCACGAAUAUGUGUCGAAAAAAUCUCCAUGAGAUGUAGUGGAUUUUCAGGAAAACUGAAGUGCAGUUAACUCUUUGUGAGGCCGCCCCAAAUGGUGCGAAAAUAUGCCGAAGACGUACGAUGUUCGCGUGACAACUCUCGAUGCAGAGUUAGAGUUUUCUGUCGAGGUUGAUAUGUUGACAACAUUUUGAAGUUUACAUGAGAUCUAUUAAAUCUAAAUUUGCUUCAUUCUCUGUUAAAACUGUUCCUUUGUAAACGUAUGUAUUUUUUCGUCUGUAUUUCCUUUAGAGGAACUGCACUGGAAAGGAUCUGUUUGAUCUGGUUGUGCGAACAUUAGGCGUGCGAGAAACUUGGUAUUUCGGUUUGCAGUUUGUAGACAAGAAAGACAUCGUUACAUGGUUAAAAUUCAACAAGAAGGUAAGUGUGGAUAAAGUAAACAAUUGUUGGCCUAAAGGCGAUUUGGUUGAUCGAAACUGAAUAGAUUUCACUUAAUUCUCAGUCGCAGUUCAUCAACUUUCGCCCUGGUGUACACAUAAAGAUAGCGAGUAACUUACGGUUAAUAUUUAUCUUCUAUCGACUGCUCAUCAACUCAUAGAAACUUCCCACGCUCGCGUUCAAUUAGUACAGAUCUGACGGGUUGAGUCACACCCUGAGUCUUUAAAACCAUUAGUUGUUUUUUAAUUGUGUAACUUGAUAUUCGCACUUUCUUACUCCCUUCUUUCGAUGCAGUUCAUUUAGUAAUGAAAAUCAUUGUGAGGCUUGCAGCGCUCGAUAACAUGUAAUUUGAUGAUGAAGUGACUGCUUUCAAAUUAGUGGCUAGUCGCUCGACCGAUUUCAUGCUGAUUUAAUGACAUAUCAAAGAGCCAUAUUUAAAGCCGUUUUGAAUUGAGUUUAGAUUUUUAGAACGAUCUCAAGAGACAGAGCUUGGGCUUAAACUAGGACUAAGUGAUUCCAUGUACACUGCAGGUGGCCGUCACUUAUGUUUAUUUUUUAUUGUGUUUAUCUUGUUCGAACGAGCACUUUCCACUCCUGCCCCCUGAAUGGAACAAAGCCCAACUUCUGCCAACCGCCAUUCUAAACUGUAUUUUUUUUAAGCAUAAUUCAACCGACUAAAUGAAAUUAUUUUAAGAAAAUGAGAAUUAUGUGAUGAAGCCUUAGAUGUGUUUGGAUGCAUUUAAAGUAGAAUUUAAUUAAUUUUCAUACAUAUGGUUUUACUUUUAGAAGGAAAUUACUUCCUCUUCUGACUUGAAUAUUUGAAAGUAGUUUUUUGUCAUAAACAUGUCAGUCAAAAGUCUAAUAAAACUAUUUGUAUGUCAAUGUAGUAUUUGGCUUAACUUAGAUUAUUAAUUAAAGCAUUUCAAUCUGGGUUGAAAACUCCUGCCCUUAUUCUCAAAGUUCUAAUUUUGUUUUUCAAUCAAAUGCAGCAUGCAAAUUGUUAUGACUUCAUUUCAAAAAGACAUCUGAGUUGUUUUAACUAUGAUUUAUUGUCUAGACAUUUUGCCACGACACAAAAUCUUGUCCUACAUUCUAAGUCAGCUAUGUUUGCACAUGGCAAAACUGAACUCAUAAGCAAGUGAUGUCACUAUCUCUUUGAAGCCAACCUUUGUGACUAUAAUUUACAAUGACAGAUUCUUAAAAUGAGAAACAGUGUUUGAUAAUAGGGAGACCUUUUUUAAAACUGAUGUGACUUAACUGGUGUGAUGCACUUUUAAAAUACUUUUAAAUUGUUUAUUCAUCUCAAAAGGUUUUAGAUCAAGAUAUUCCAGUGGUGAAGGAUGAACCAGUCAGCCUUAAUUUUCGCAUUAAGUUCUUCCCUGAGGAUGUGGCAGAAGAGCUGAUGCAAGAAAUCACUCAGCACUUGUUUUUCUUACAAGUGAAAGAGGCCAUUCUAAAUAUGGACAUUUUCUGUCCCCCAGAGGCUUCUGUUCUGCUGGCUUCAUAUGCUGUGCAGGCUAAGGUAAUGAUUUACCUUCACCCACUUAUAGAAAUAUUACUGUGGGAUUGUGGCAUUUAAAUUUCUCCAACCACUGUUUAUAAUGUAGUUUGAAAAUACAUUAUUGAAGGAUAUGGAAAGAGUAAAUAAAAAAAUUUUUCAGAAAAUGAAAAAAUCUUUUUACUUCCCAUAAUUUUAAGGACACUGGCUGUGACUGUGAUUUUGUCAUGUUUAAGAGUAGCUUAUUGUUUAGAAUGUUGACAUGGUAAUUAAUACAACUUUUUCUUCCAGUAUGGGGAUUAUGACAAAGAGUUCCACACACCAGGAUUUCUGGCAAAAGAUUUGCUGCUACCACAGAGGGUUGGUACAAAUAUGUCUCUUUUUGACAGGAAUGGGGAGGUUUGGCCUUAUGGUCAGGACAAUGGAUGUAUAAUCUGGAAUUCUAGUCCUAAAAAUAAUUAUACUCAUCAAAUAUAACUACUGUACUAGUGCACCCAAUUCACAUAUGACUACUCCUGUAAUUUCUUUGACUUUCAAAUUAAGUGACUUUCUUGUAAGUGAUUAGUUUUUCUUAAACAUUGGGCUUUUGUGGGAAUUUUGGAUUAUGAGAACUAUUUUUUUGAGUCUUGUAAACUGUUUGUGUAUAGAUAGGAUUAAAUAGUACCUGCCUAAGAACCUGCAAUAAUUGAAAGUUGCUUGUAAAAGAUACUUCAUGGUCUAGGUGACACCUUAAUCAUUUUCCUCUUUUACUCUCAGGUUAUUGACCAAUAUCAGAUGACCUCAGACAUGUGGGAAGAGAGAAUCACCUCAUGGUAUGCUGAACACAAAGGAAUGAGAAGGUAUGUUCAAUCUGAUCUCAGACUUUAAUCAGAAAUUGGCUUUGGCAAGUUGUCUUAAACUGAUUUUGCUUGUUCACUCACUCAUGCUUGCCUAGUCAAUCCAAGGGCAGAAAAGAAAAAUUAUUGCUCUGGAAGACAUAUAAAUUGUCAAAGGUUGCCAGCAAAACCUGAGAUUGGGAGCUCAUUAAAGAGCAAUGCAUACUAAGGGUGUGGAGAGAAAAAUAUUUUAAAAAGGGACUAAGGUGCAUUCAUGAAGGGGAGGGGGGGGGGGGAAAUGAAAGUCACAAUCAGAAAGACUGGAAGUGUAUCAUCAUGAUACUAGGUGGAUGAAGUUACCUUUCUCAUAUUUAAUUUAUGUGAUUAGAGACGAAGCUGAGAUGGAAUACCUAAAGAUUGCACAAGAUCUUGAGAUGUAUGGUGUAAGCUAUUUUGAAAUUAAGGUAAGCCUGUAAAUAAAUUAUUUAGUUAGAUAUCAAUGUUAUUAGGCUAUGGUAUUGAAGGACAGGAGUAUUAACUGUAACUUGAUGCAACAUUUUUAUGAUUAUUUGAGUAGUGAGUGACUUAAGCAAAAUGGUAAGAGAUUGGAGAGAGGAAUCUCUUGUGGCCUCAUUGUAUUGUAUGUCUCUUGUUCAUAUCAUGGCUUCUUCUGGCUUCUGCUGCAAUUCUGAAUCGAUAGCUUAGUCACAAUUCAUAGGUGAAGAAUGUUUUGGUAUAAAUGAUGGGUUAUUGUGUUGGAAACUGAAUUCAUUUCAAGAUCUUUUUUCGUUGGUUUGCUGUGUUCUUGGGUAGGACUCUCUACACCCAGGAGUAAGACUGGGCACCAACCAGCUGCCAGGAAUAUUUAAUUAGAUGUUGAGGGAGGGGGAAACUUCUUUGAACCAUAAUUGCAUUCAUGGUCCUCACUCCAUGGGGAGUACCUGUACUUUUAUUGGCUUUAAUUUUGCCAGGAUGAGCAUCUGCAGUAUUAGCAAGUCAACUUGUGUUCAGACCAUAACUUUUUCAGAGAUUUAAAGUUUGUUUUGAAAUUUGAGCAGCUUUUUUUUCCUCUCUCUCAUUGCAGAACAGAAAAGGAACUGAACUGUGGCUUGGUAUUGAUGCACACUGCCUCAACAUUUACGAAAAAGAAAAUAAGCUCAACCCUAAAAUUUCCUUCCCAUGGAAUGAGACAAAGAAUAUCUCCUUUCAUGACAAAAGGGUAAAUCCUUCUUAUUUGUAAUUAUUAUAUUGAACUUGAGCAAUAACCAUAGCUUCCACCAAAUACUGAAUCUUGGACUUAAAUAACAUAUAUCUUGGGUCCCAAUAAACACAUCUAGAACCUCGUGAGUUUAUUUCAACAUCUCUGCUAUGUUACCUUUAUUACAGGGAGAGUAAUUUUAUUAGUAGACAUUCGUUAGGAUUAGAAAUUUAUCUAAAAUACCCUGAAAAAACUUUGCUAUUCUGCACAAAAGAGUUUAAAUAGAGCUAAAUUUUUUUCCAGUUUCAGAUCAAACCAGCUGAUAAGUCUUCACCAGAUUUCAUUUUCCACGCAGCAAAACUAAGAGUUAACAGAGUGGUACGUUCAAGCAUGAAUUACAUUCAAACUGUACUUAGUAUUUUUUAACAAAACUGUAAACAAACUGAUUGCAAUUCCCCUGAAUGCAGAUUCUUGACUUGUGUGUGGGUAACCAUGAACUUUUCACGCGAAGGAGAAAGCCUGAUACGAUGGAGAUACAACAGAUGAGGUCACUGGCCAAAGAAGAGAAAAUGAGAAGACAGGUUGGUAUGACAACUGUCUUAGUGAGACAUGUUUGUUUUUCAGCGAGUCGUUGUCAACCUCAAUUUUCUUACCGAGGGCCUUCCCUAUCCUAGUGAAAAACUAAGAAGAGGAACGGAUUUAUUCCCAGACAACCAGGCGCAUUUUUUAUUUGUAUGGUGUUUGGCUAGCAUGCCGGCUUGCCUCUUUUUUCAGCGAUUCAACCUGCUAGUUGAAUGGUCGCGGAAAAGAAAAUAAACUUUCCCUUUUUCUCUGAAUUUGUGUUUGUAUUGAUAGAUAGAGAGAGACAAGCUCAUGAAAGAACAGCAAGCACGUGAAGAAAUGGCGCAACAAAAGGAAGAAUUGGAGAAAAGAUUGACUGAAUUUCAAGAUGAAGCAAAUCGAUCUAAAGAAGCUUUGGUAAAUAUUUUUAACCUACAAAGUUGAAAAUCUCAAAGCUGUUGUCGACUCACCUCCGAAACUGAACUGUUGAAACGAACUUGAAUCAUGCGACCGAUGUGGACCCUUCUCUGAAAUAGGGAACGGGAGUCACAAAAAUGACUCUUCGGGAAAACUCAUCCAUCCUAGUCGCGUUUGGAUCUAGUUUUGCCUCUUGUGUCCAACAUACUUCUAAGACCAGCAAAUGUCGGAAGCGUCUGUCUUGAUAGAGCAAGAGAAAUGGCCGCAAAUUUACCAGAUUUUCUUUAUCUGUUUCAGAUUAAGUCUGAGGAAAUGGGGGAAUUGUUAGCAGAGAAAGCCAGAGUCGCGGAGGAAGAAGCGGCGCUGCUCGGGAAGAAAGCUUCUGACGCUGAAGAAGAAAUAAAAAGACUCAGAUUAUGCGUUAGUAAGGUACAGGGAAGGCCUUUCCUUCAGUUAGCGGGAAAAUACAAAUGCCAUGUAGUUUCCUGUCUUUUUUUUUGCGGCCAUCCCAGACGAUCGAGCAAUCCCCGAUUGUCACUCAAUAUUUCUGACACAUCAGAACUAACCUUAACACAGAGGUGUUUUUAUCUACAGUCAGGAGACGAGCGAAUCGCUAUUGAAAGAAGAGCUCGUGAAGUCGCUGAAGAAAGACUGAGACGAGUCAUGCAAGAGGCCGAAGCCAGGUUAGGCUCACGUGAUUAACCAUCUUUUCCUGAUGGAGCAAUUAUCAAGUCAGUGUCGAGGGUCAUUGAAUGAGAUUUAAGUACUUUAAAGGUCACUAAAGAUGUCAAAAGCCGUGGUAUUGUUUCCUUGCAAGUCUUAUGGUCGUUUUGCUUUCCCGUAGAGCGAGGGAAGCUUUGAUGCUGAGAGAAGAUUUAAUGAAGUCCAGACAAGCUGAGAGGCUAGCUAAACAAAAGCUGAUGGAAAUGACUUCGUCUCCUGAUUUUUUCUCUGUAAGUGGAAGAAAGCUUGUUGUGUUUGGAUGCAUUCAUAAUCCUGUUUUACCCUCCCUAAGGCCUUUUCAGAGUCAGGGCGCGGUGGUCCAAGUAUUAGCUCGCUAAAACUUCGAUCAAGAGGGGUGGGUCCAAGUCUCAGCUGGGUCUGCGUGUUAUAUUCUUUCACCGUGUCUCUCUCCACCCAUCCACCCAGGAGAGACAAAUAGUUACCAUCAAAUAUUAUCAUGGAAACCUGAAGAAUUGCUGUGAUAUUGACCAGCAUCCCAUUCAGAGUGAGUGUCGAUACCCUAGUCGCCUCGUGAUAUGGAAACCGGGUUCAGCUUCGUUAGGAAUGGGUUUAAGUUCCUAAGACAUCUUAAAUUCUGCUUUGAUUUGCUGCCAGUGCUGACAGCAUAUUUUCCUCUAUUUGCGCAAAUCUUGUUUUCAGUUGUGUAACAUUAGUGCUGUAUUUUUCAGAGGUACGGGGAUCCAAGGGAAAUAAUAGCCGACAUUGACCGCAGUGUUGAGCAGUUAACAGAUGGCGAGGUUUCUCAGCUUUCACAAGAUUACGAGAGAGAGAGGUAAUCGUUAAUUUUGUUAUCUCUUGAAAUGAGCGUUAUUUUUUCAUAAGCCCAGUACCAGUGUAUAUUCAUUUUUAAGGUGGAUCGCGGAUGCUUUUAGUGUGCUGCUUUGAAGAAUUAGUAUCACGACUUCUAUGAAGAAAGAGUACAUAAUUUUAUAGAUAUAUGUACGAUUGGUUUGAAGGAACUUUCCAAACUCUUAUUAACGUGUUCUUCUCCUUUCAUACUAACUUCUUAAGAAUGGCAUUCUUCAGAAACAAGUCGUCGCCGUAGUCACUUAUGAUCAUUGAUUAGGAACCAAAAGUAUUUUGAGAAGAUAUUUCUUGAGAGAAUUACUCACUCAAUUGUUUGAGUGUUAGUAAACAACUAUAAUAUUUAGUAUGGUGAAAUUCCUUUUUAUUUUUCUUUCCCAGAAACAGAAAUAUACAGCAGCAGUUAAGAGAUCUCAAAUCACAAAUGGAGGUACUGAAGGUUUUACUUACAUUCCAUCAACUCAUUAAUUUAAGCUGAAUGCCACACUUCCUAGAAAGUUUGAUCGUGUAGUCUGGUCGUCGUCCGGGUUAAAGUAACCACGAGAAGGAUUGUUUUCGGUAGCAGUGACUGACUUUGGCUGGUACUUAUGAGUUUAAUUGCGCCUGUAUAGUUUGUCCGCAGACGUUAGAACAAUUAUUGCGAGGUUAUCCUGCGUGGCAGGACACUUUAGCCUGACGGCGGAGACGCGCACUCCACUUCGUGUUAGCAGCACUGCUCUGCUUAACUCAGUCACAGCUACUUUUCUGAGAUGUUGCAAAGUGGCCCGCCCGUGAUUGUAUUUGUAACUUGUAACAAAUCUUUUCCAGGGACUUAAGAUCGAUGACAGACAAACACGCUGGGAUUACAUUCAUGAUGAAAACAUGAGACGCGGGGAAGAUAAAUAUUCUACCUUACAAAAGGUAAUGCCAACGUUUGAGCGCUUUUCGAUUGUAAGACAUAAAAGCGAAAACGCAUGUUAACCGCUAUGGCCAAUCAGAAAAUAGAAAAGUAUCCCAAGGAGCCAGUGAGAACUCAAAAUAAGUUCAAGCAAACUACCUUAAACACUGGAAAGCACAAGCGACUGUUCAUAACUAAUUUGCGUUUUGCGUCUGAUCGGUUGCGAACGUGGUGUGGGUUUUCUCGACCAAUCACGUAGCCUGGUAAAGCAGAAUCAAUGCAAUGCCAGAUAACUCUUGACAUUCAGUUGAUCACUGCCCCAUAGUGACGAAGUUUUGUGCCUGUGCGAAUUAAAAGUGAAGUCGUAUCUUUAUUGUUGUAACCCUGUUAAUUCUACCACCUUCGUAUGGCUCGACGUUUGCCUCAAUAAUGGAAUUAAACUUCUGGUGUUCUUAUGGGUUUAUAAUAUAGAUAGAUUUCUGUCGGUAUUGUAUACUUUAAAAACUUGUCACCUUCCUUAUAAAACUUGAACAACGUUGAUUGCUGACAAUGAAAUGAUUUCAAUUGUUCGUUAUUCAAAGCGGUUCAAUAGAAGAAAUCUGUCGAAGAGAAGCCCCCUCAUUAACUUCAAUACGUUAACCCUUAAACUCCCAGAUCAAAUUUGUAUUUCUCCUUACUGUCAACCAUACAAUUCUUAUGUUGGUUCAGAGAAUUUUGUAUUUAAUUAACUAACUAUCCCCAAAUUGAUAUUUUCUUUGUUCUUAUCACUUAUCUGGUUGAUAUUGUAUUUAUAUUGUAAGGAGAAAUUCUAUCUUGGUCACUCAUGGGAGUUAAAGGAUUAAUUGCGCUCCUAAAGCAGUUAUCAUGUCGCUGUUGUGUGGUUGUUUUACUUUAACAUCAUUGACUAUCUCCAUUUUUUUUUUUUCUUGUGCGUGUGCCAGAUUCAAACAGGAACUUCUACAGCAAGGAUUCAAUUUUUUGAAGAGUUAUGAUAGAGCAUCUUUGAAGAAAAAAGACUUUUUCCUAGUAUUUAAUUCAUUAUGCGUUACUGAGAUAUUUAAUACAGAUUGUACAAGUUCAUUCAUCGUUCUCCACGGUGAGUGAGGCUCCUAACAGAAGUCGUUAUGAACAAAGGAUAUUUUUUUAUUUUAGUAAAACUAGCGCUUUUUGUUGGUAAUUUUAUGAAUGGUUCCCUGCAAGAUGAAAUCUGUUUAAAAUCUGUAACACCAUGCAAUCUGAUUUACAGUGUCACCAACGUUUGCAUUAGGUUAUAAAUUUUGUGUAAAUUUGCUUAGCUCUUUCAAAGAAAAUUCAAAUGGAGAUAGCCCUGCAGGCAAUGGCAACCAAUUAAUCAUAUUUUGGGAAAAAGAGCUCAAAUUUUGUUGGGCUGUAUGCAAUAGAGAUAGAUACGUAUGGGU